CUUUAGGAAGUAAACAAACCCUGGGCAGCUCAGAGUGAGAUUCAGAGUUUCUGUUCAGAUUGUCGUUCAGUGUUUCUUACUGUCGUCUGAUAAUGUUACAGUUUUGUGUGUGUGACAGAUAGACGUAUGACACACUGUGUAGUACAGCAGCUCCAUCAUGUCAAGGAAACAGUCAGGAAAGCCCAUAAAGGGAAACAGGAAGUGUGAAUUAGAGAGGAAGCGAGACGAGAGAGCGGCCCGCCGGGCUCUGGCCAAAGACAGGAAGAACAGACCUCCAGGAGGAGAUGAUGGAGAGGAGUUUGUCAGCUUCUCCAACCAGCUUCAGGCUCUGGGGCUCAAACUCCGCGAGGUGCCUGGAGACGGGAACUGUUUGUUCCGGGCUCUUGGAGAUCAGCUGGAGGGACAUUCGCGAGGUCACCUGCGUCUGCGGCAGGAGACGGUACAGUACAUGAUGACACACAGCCAGGACUUCGAGCCCUUCGUUGAAGAUGACAUGCCAUUCACAGAGCAUUUGUCAAACCUCUCACAGCUGGGCACGUUUGCCGGUAACGACGCCAUCGUGGCCUUCGCUCGCAGCCAGCAAUUGAAAGUGGUUAUUCAUCAGCUGAACGCUCCAUUGUGGGAGAUAAAUGGUACAGAGAAGCCUUCAAGCCGUGAGCUACACAUCGCAUAUCGCUAUGGAGACCAUUAUGACAGCGUCCGAAAGACUGGAGACAACUCUGAGAGUCCGGCACAUCUGCGUAUAGAGAGUCUGAAUAAUUGCAGACGCUUUGGAGACGGUCAGAAGGAAAAGUCGAGAGGCGCCUCUCCCUCACGCUCUCACUCUGAAGACGAAGAGCUGAUCUUGAGCAUUCUCUGUGCCCAUAGUCAAUCAGACAAUCUGUGUCAAUCAAGGGCCACAUCACAGACAUGCCACAGUGAUUGGUUGGAGUCUGAACUAAACAACCUAUCAUCACAGAGAGAUUGUGCCUCAGGGACACAACCUUUAUGUCAAGGCAUGCAGGCAGAAUGUAGUGAAAACACAUCGUCAACAGAGGGCAGCAUCUCACAUAAACCCAAGGAAAGGAAAGAGCAACAGCACCUAGAAAAGAAGAAACGUCAGGAGGAGAGACAUAGACAGAAGGUUUUACAGGGCAGAGGGUCACAUGAUCAAAAUCAGAACAUACCUGAAGCCGUCACUCUUGUGCCAGCGCUCGGCACCCUGAGCAUCUAGAGCAAACAUGGGAAACUAUUUUAGGUGGUCCGUACACUGUGUAAUGAUCUAGAAACUUAAUAGUUUAAAUGUACAGAAACUGUGUUGUAUGAUUGAUGGUGCGUUUCUUUAGCACGAGGAUGACGUCAAGAUGCGUCGGGCUAUAAGCUGUGCUUGAGAUUGCUGGCGACUGCAUUUUUGUACCGAACAUGGUCAAAUAUUAACCCUCAUUAAUUUCAGUUGACUCAUCUGAGCUCAGCCAAAGAACACUUGGAAAGGGAACCAAAAUAUUGAGAGGAGAAAGCGUUGAAGAUUAAUAAUGGACCACUGUUUAAGCCUGUCAGUUCUGUUUCUACAUUCAGUUUCUGCAUUCGAGUGAUCAGUGUUUUAAUUUAGCGUUUUCAAACAGUUGGGCAACUUCA